AUGUCCUCGUCCAAGGAUCGCGUCGACCGUCCCGAGGACGAUGUCGACGAGAACGACAUGCUCGAUGCCGAUGAGGCCGCCGAGGAGAUUGUCAACGAGGGCGACGACGUGGCCAUGGAUUCCGACGACGACGAGGCCGUCGAGCUCGUCCUGCAAAACGACUCCAUCGCCUACUUCGACCUGCCGCAAGAUUCCCUCUUCGCCAUCGCGCAACACCCCGUCCACCCAUCGCUCGUUGCCGUCGGCGGCUCCGCCGGGCAGGAGGACGACGCCCCCGGCGCGGGCUGGCUCUUCGACACGUCGGCCGCGCAGUCGCGCCCCGUCCUGCCGCCCAGCUUCGCCAGCGACCCGGCCGCCGCGGCCGAGGCGCCCAAGAGCACCCAGCUCGACAGCCUCUUCUCGCUCGACGGCCACACCGACUCCAUAAACGCCCUGUGCUGGACCCUGCCCCGCGGCGAGGUCCUCGUCAGCGGAGGCCUCGACGGCCGCCUGCGCGCCUGGCGGGCCGACGUCCGGCCCCAGUCUGGCGUCUCCAUGAAGCUCCUUGGCGAGACCCAGGAGGUCGAGGAGAUCAACUGGCUCGCGCCCUGCCCCUCGGCCACGAACCCCAACACCGUCGCCCUCGGCGCCUCCGACGGCUCCGUCUGGGUCUACACCAUCGACCCCUCCGACGAGUCGAACCCCCUCCAGAUCGUGCAGUCGUACUUCCUGCACACGGGGCCCUGCACGGCCGGCGCGUGGACGCCCGACGGGCAGCUGCUCGUCACCAUCUCCGAGGAUAGCAGCCUGUACGUGUGGGACGUAUGGGGCGUCGCCGCCGGCAAGGGCCUUGUAGGCGACAACGGCAUGACGGCCGUGUCGCUGACGGGCGAGGACCAGCGAUUCGAGGUCGAGGGCGGCCUCUACUCCAUCGCCAUCGACCCCAAGGGCGCGUUCGUCGCUGUCGGCGGCGCAGGUGGCGCCAUCAAGAUCGUCUCGCUGCCGCGCCUCACGCCGCAGGCGCAGGGCCAAGCGCGCAGCAGUGGCGGCGGCCGCGGCGGCGCCAAUAAGGCCUCGGCCGACGCGACCGCUGGCGGGCAGAUCCUCGCGUCGCUGCACACGCAGGGCGACAGCGUGGAGACGCUGGCCGUGUCGUCGUUGGCGCAGACGACGCCCCCGACGACGCUCAUCGCGGCGGGCUCCGUCGACGGCAGCAUCGUCGUCUACGACGCCACCCGCCGCUUCGCCGUGCGCCGCCACAUCGUGGGCGCCCACGAGGAGCACUCGGUCGUCAAGGUCGAGUUUGUGCGCGGCUCGUGGCUGCUGACCAGCUGCGGCAUGGACGGCGUCGUCCGCAGGUGGGACCUGAGAGCUGGUGGUACUGGCGGCAGCGGCGCGCCGACCGGGGGCCAGCCGGCGGGCGCGGCCGGUGCCGGUGGCGCACCUGCGACCGCGGAUGCGGGGCUGCUCAAGGAGUGGAAGGGCCACAGGGGCGACGGCGAGGGAGGCGGCGUCCUGGGCUUCGUGCAGGGCGAGACGGGCGAGAGGCUCGUUACAGCGGGCGAUGACGGCGUAGCUUUGGUAUUUGAGGCCUGA